AUGGAGUCUGUGAAUGCCGUAGAGCUCCAUGAAUUGGGGGAUGGGGACAAGCGCGCUGCCUGCAAGGCCGCUACAACUCCGGGACAGGGACAAGGACCCCGGACAGCGCCCAGAGCUGGAAUCGAGAACACGUCAUAUCAGGAAGAAGAGCACGAGAUGAGGUUCAGUGACCCAGCCAGCUCGAGUGUUCAUCGGUCCAUGUCUAAUGAUAGGGGCUACCAGACACAACCCCAGCCUUUCCAGCGAAAUGAACUCUCACCCCGGUCUGAGGAGGGCCAUGUGACUGACUUCAAUGACCAUUCUGUCGACUAUGGGUUUAUAUCUGCCCUGGUGUUCUUGGUGGGUGGAAUAGUACUGGUAAUCAUUGCCUACACCAUCCCCCGAGAGGCUAAGGUCAACCCAGACCUGGUGUCAGCUCGUCAGAUGGAGAAACUGGAGAUGUACUACGCACAACUGGGCUCGCACCUCGACAAGUGUAUCAUAGCAGGCCUGGGACUGUUGACUCUAGGGGGGAUGCUCUUGUCCAUCUUGCUAAUGGUGUCCAUAUGCAAAGGUGAGCUGUACCGCCAGAGGACUUUUGUCCAACCCAGGAAGACGUACGGGUCGAUUCACCUGCGGAUGAGACAGUUGGGCGAGGGGGGAGAAUCUAUUGUUGAAUGUGAACCUAGUCACACUGGCACCACAGCUCCUGCCACAAGUACAGAUGGAACACAGAUGUCCAGUGGGACCCAACAGGAGUAG